AUGCAUACUCUUUCGGCCUUCCUUUCUCUAUUCCUCUGCGCCUUUCCAGUCAACUGCAUCCCUGCCGCUUUACCAGAAACCGUAGGUGCAGACGGCGACUGCUCCCCACCAGACAUCACAGUCGCGAGUGUGGAGAAAGUGAAGCAAGGGCCAUAUCUCGUCACUGGUGCCAGAGCAGAUGCGAACCCUCAUGGCGGAUCUGCAUCAUUCAACAAACAAUACAGUGUAUCAACAACCAUCACAGGAACGGUCGGCCUUGAUCUCGAAGGUGACCGCACAAUCUCCAAAAUCCUCACCCUGGGCCUCGGUCUCAAUCCACAGUUCUCAAUCGCCAAAACGACCGGCACAGCCGUCAGCGCCAUCUCCGCCUGCCCAGCCAACGACAUGUACAACUUCACCAUAACCUGGGGUCUCCAAUACUACCAAUAUUCCUGGCACGUGACGGGCACCAAGACCUACUAUGGCUAUGAUCCCUUGCAGAGGUGCGCUGAUUCAGAUGUAAUUUCGCAUAGGAAUGGAGGCACGAUCCCGUACGAUGAGUAUUAUCCCGCCAAACAGGAUGGAGCGCAGGAUGGGAGUGAUAGUGAGGUGGAGUUUCAGUGCUGUGUUGAUAGUAGGAGUUAUCCGUAUCCGGAUAACCCAGUUUGUCCUGAUGCUACUUGA